UGUUAUAAUCCACGGCCACGUCUUGAGAAAGGCUAGUAAACACAUGCUGGAUUUUAAAGAUGGCGGCCUCCAAGAGUGAAAUUAAUGGUGCUACAUUUCGCGGUAUGGGUCUAGAUGAUCGUGUCUUGAAGGCCCUUGCGAAGCUGGGCUGGUCUAGUCCAACUCUGAUCCAGGAAAAGGCGAUACCACUGGCCCUGGAAGGAAAGGAUAUACUAGCCCGGGCUAGGACUGGAUCUGGCAAGACAGCAGCCUAUGCUAUCCCUCUCGUCCAAAAGAUCCUAACUUUAAAAGAGACAGCUAGAGAGCAGGCUACACGGGCUCUGAUCUUAGUGCCAUCCAGAGAACUCUGUUCACAGGCGUUCAAGAACAUACAGGAAAUCAGCAAAUGUUGCUCUAAAGAAAUCAAAUGUGCUGAUGUAUCUGGCCAGGUGGACUUGUCAGCUCAAAGGCCUCUACUGAUGGAAAGACCAGACAUAGUUCUUGGCACUCCUAGUCGGAUCCUGGCCCACAUCCAGGCCAAGAACCUGUCCCUGCAGAACUCCCUGGAGAUGCUGGUCAUCGACGAAGCGGACCUGGUCUUCUCCUUCGGCCAUGAGGCUGACAUGAGGGCGCUACUCUCUCACUUUCCAAAGAUCUAUCAAGCCAUUCUCAUGUCCGCUACGCUGAGUGAAGAUGUGAAGACACUCAAGAAGCUGGUGUUGCACAAUCCUAUUACACUCAAACUCGCCGAAUCACAGCUUCCAGAGGCAGACCGCCUAAGCCAGUACCAAGUAAGAUGUAUUGAAGAGGACAAAUAUCUACUCAUCUACACACUACUGAAGCUCAAGCUGAUCAGAGGCAAAACCAUCAUCUUUGUAAACUCAAUAGACAGGUGUUACAGACUGAAGCUGUACCUAGAGCAGUUUUCUGUGCCAGUCUGUCUGCUGAACUCAGAGCUCCCGGUGAACUCUAGAUGCCACAUAGUAAACCAGUUCAACACCGGUCUGUAUGACAUCAUCGUCGCAUCGGAGGAGUCUAGUCUCUUUGAUGGAGGCAAGAGAGACGAAGCGGAGGAGAGGAAGGAGAAGAAGGGCAAAGGCCAAAAAGUAAAGCAGAAGAAAGACAAGGAAUAUGGAGUAUCAAGAGGGAUAGAUUUCCAGAAUGUUUCCAACGUGAUCAACUUUGACUUUCCAGAGAGUGUCAAGUCCUACAUCCACAGAGUGGGAAGAACUGCAAGAGGAGAAAAGAUGGGAACAGCCUUGUCCUUUGUGAAUGAGCAGGAGCAAGAUCUUCUAGACAAUGUAGAACAGGAACUUAUCGGAGAUGAUGGAACACCUUUAAUCAAGCCUUAUCAGUUCAAGAUGUCAGAGAUUGAAGGAUUCAGGUAUCGAGCCAAGGAUGCAAUGCGAGCGGUAACGAAGGUAGCAGUGCGUGAAGCCAGGGUGAAAGAGAUCAAGCAGGAGAUCUUCAACUCCAAGAAACUCAAGGCCUACUUCGAAGACAACCCAAGGGACCUACAGCUCCUCAGACACGACAAGAUCCUGCAUCCUGCGAAGGUCCACUCUGACCUCAAGAAUGUACCGGAAUACCUUGUCCCCAAGGCUUUGAGAGGAACCAUUCCCACCACAAGCAGACGGAAAGCUCCCAAGAGGACAGCGGCUGAUGGCAAGGGCGUGCAGAAGAGAGAGUCCAGGGUAGCCAAAAUGAAGAGGAAAACUGAAGAAGAUCCCCUGCAGAGCUUCAAAUACAAGGGAAAGAAUUGAUAUAUCAGCUCUGAAUUUUAUUAAUACUGAACCCAGUUGGACUCUUAUUUACUGAGCAUUUAAAGGACUUUUUGUAGAACUACCAGGAGCAUGAUGAACCGUUAUUUCACACCAAUGCCAUCUGUAGAAUGUGCUUCAAAGAGAAGUUAUCAUGGAUUAACCCGACUGAAGCAUAUAGACGAGCACUCGGAUCAGCCUUGCAACUGGACACCGGGUUCUGUGAUACCAGCUCCGUCGACAGUUUCUGCACAGUCAAUAUCCUGCAUUAUCUAAAUGUGAUGCCCUACAACCAGACACUUUACCUAACUGUAAAUGUAAACCUAACACCAAUCCCAAUUGGAAACCUAACCCUAUACAGUGCGUCCCA